AUGAUAGAAACUUGUGUAACUGGUGAUGAGCUUACAGAAAACAGAUUUAUCAGUGCACAGGCGUCUAGAAAGAACGAAAAAGAUGGUGAAACCCAUAGGUUUCACUUUGGUUAUGGUGGGUUCCAUAUCAUGAACACUUUCAUGAAGGGAAGCGCUAAUGUUUGGUCAGUAGGGGACAUCGUUUUGACGAACCCAUUCAAGGAUGGUAUCAUUUAUGAUGCCAAUGUCAUCUCGGUAGUGAAGUCGGCUGCUGCCCCUCCAACUACUCCUGCCCCUCCACCCGUCCCUAUAGGGGCUAUGGCCACCCCUCCAAUUGCCCCUCCAGUUGCCCCUCCAGCUCCAAUCGCUGCUGCCUCCACCGACCUCCGGGCUCCUGCUGCUGCCGCCCAUCCUGCCUCCUGCACCUCCACCACCUCCAUAACCAGGAGACUGGAAAUGAUGAGUGACAAGGUAAAUGAAGAAUUCUUCAAGUCAAUAAUGAUAACAGACAAGAAGAGGAAAUGUGAGAAACCUGCAGGGGCACCUGCGACCACGGCACCCCCACCAAGAAGACUGCGAACACGGCAGCCCCCACCAAGAAGACUGCGAACACGGCAGCCCCCACCAAGAAGACUGCGACCACGGCACCCCCACCAAGAAGACUGUGAACACGGCAGCCCCCACCAAGAAGACUGCGAACACGGCAGCCCCCACCAAGAAGACUGCGAACACGGCAGCCCCCACCAAGAAGCGUGCAACCACGCUCAAUCAGCAGGAUAA